AUGGAUCGCUUGGCUAUUAGAAAUAUGAAAGAGUUUCAACUUUUGUUUAAUCAAAUAUCUGAAACAUGCUUUAAAACAUGUGUGAGUACAUUUCUGUCAAGAGAUAUGUCUACUACAGAGAUUCAAUGUAUAGAAAAUUGUUCAGGCAAAUACAUUAAUGCCAAUCACAAAAUAAUGGAAAUAUUUGUGGAAGUACAACCUGCUAUUGCUCGUAGGAAUAUGGAGGAAUAUUCAAAAGCUCAGGCAGCUUUAGAAACACAACAAAAGGAACAAAAUUCUGAAAGCAUUAGAUAG